AACUCCCGCAAUCGCAGAUCUCGGCACAAAUCAAUCAGCCAAUCACGAUCAAGAAAAGAAACAAGAAAAAAGAAAAAAGAUCCGCGCUUCAUCCUCUAUCCACUUUCUUUCUCUCUCUCCCCAACCCCUAGACUACAACCAACCCACCACCACCAAUGGCCACAACGACGACAACGACAAAGACCCUUUAUAGAAGCCUCCUCCGCGAGCUACCGCCAAUCUCACAGAAGCGCACACACCUGCACCACCGCCUUCGAGGAUCCAUCUCUGGUAAGGGGGAAGGGGAUGGUGGAAUGUUAUUGUUGGCACAGCUGACAACUUACCUCCGCGCACAGCGCACCUACUCUGCGCUUCUGGAACGGUACAAUCCCUCGUUGGGCGAGGGAAGUGGUGGCGGCGACGAUGAUCGGGUCAGGAUGAGUGCUAGGAGGGUGGGGCUUCACGUUCCUGAGUGAGUGAUGGAUCGCGACGGUACUCGUACAACCACGGGGUUCUACGGACUGGUGGUGGCGAUGGUUUGUUUGUUCUUGUUUUCGGGAGAGUUUUUUUUUUUUGAUCGUCGGUGGGUUGGUGGGAGGGGGUAUUUUUUGAUAUCGAUAUGGUAAUGGAGUAGGUGUGUGUACUGUACUCGUACUGUACCGACAUUGUAAUAGAUGAGAGAAAAUCAAAA